GAGUCUCGGUCAUUUGCGGUCGGCAUGUUCAAUGGACUCAUACACACAGAGCAGGUCUUCCCCUUCCCCUCUGUGCUCAGCGAGGACCAGUCUCAGUUCCUCAGUGAGUUGGUUGGUCCCGUUUCUCGCUUCUUCCAGGAGGUGAAUGACCCGGCGCUGAAUGAUGACCUGCAGAGGGUGGAUGACAAGUCCAUGGCGGGACUGAAGGAACUGGGAGCGUUUGGCCUGCAGAUCCCAGUGGAGUUGGGGGGGAUGGGACUGAAUAACACUCAGGUAAGUAGGAGGGGCGUGUCCUGUGGCCAUGUUGGUAUAGGCCGGCCUUUCUUACUGGGGCAUGGACUACCAUCGGCCAAAGUGUGCCCUCAG